UGCUGCUUCUCAUUUGUUCUUGGGGACCUUUCUGAGUGGAGACAACGUUUCAGGUGAGGACUCAUCUCACUUGGGAGAAUCACUGUGACACCUGCCUCCUUUUUCUCCAACAACAAGGCUAAGGUACCUGCCAAGAUGCUCCACUUACAGGGUCCACAGAUGUUGCAAAUGCUAGAAAAAUCCUUGAGGAAGAGCCUCCCUGAGUCCUUAAAGGUUUACGGGACCACCUUCCACAUGAAUCGGGGAAACCCUUUCAAGCUAAAGGCCCUGGUGGACAAGUGGCCUGAUUUCGAUACAGUGGUCAUCCGCCCUCAGGAGCAGGAGAUGACAGAUGACCUUGAUCACUACACCAAUACGUACCAAGUCUACUCCAAGGACCCUAAGAAAUGUCAGGAAUUCCUUGGCUCACCAGAAGUCAUCAACUGGAAGCAACAUUUGCAGAUUCAAAGUUCACAAUCCAGCCUGAAUGAUGUGAUAAAAAAUCUUGCGGGUAUUAAAUUGGGCAAGGUGAAGCAAACGCAAUGCUUUCUCUAUAUGGUCUCUGAGACAACAAGGAGAUUGACCGCUUCCCUGCUGGAUGGAAAAGACGUAUUACCCAAUGCUGAUAAAUACAAGUCCAUCCAUCAAAACAUGUUGAAACUCUCAUCGCUGGAUCCUACCCAUGCUGCCUUGGUGAAUAAAUUCUGGCACUUUGGUGGCAAUGAGAGGAGCCAGAGAUUCAUCAAGCGCUGUAUCCAGAACUUCCCUACCUUCUGCCUGCUGGGGCCCGAGGGGACCCCUGUGUCCUGGGCGCUGAUGGACCAGACAGGAGAGAUGCGGAUGGCAGGCACCAUGCCUGAGUAUCGGGCCCAGGGCCUCAUCACCUACAUCGGCUGUGUCCAGGUCCAGGCUCUGGACAAACUUGGCUUCCCCCUGUAUUCCCAUAUAGAUAGGGCCAAUCACAUUAUGAAAAAAGUGCGCUUCAAUCUGCAGUGUACUUCCAUGCCCUGUGACUGGAACCAGUGGCACUUUGUGCCUCUAGGAGGCAGCCCUGAACACAAGACAGUGUUGAAUGGAUGGGGCAUGUGGCUGGAGGAGCCAAAAGGUGAUGGAGAGAAAGAAAAAACUGUCAUCAAUGAAGGGGCCUGAGCUCUGAGGAAGCAGUGAUGGGUGGUGAACAGGACAGCCGCAGUAUCUGUGCUCAGAUACCCCCAAUAAUUCCUUAGUUUCUUGAGUACCAAACACACCAGCACCCCAGCUACCUGGCUGUUACAACUCCCACACUUCCAGCAACCUAGCCAUGCUUUAAACUGACUUGCAUGAUUUUCUACUUUGUUCUUCCUGGAACUACGACCUCAUUGACCCUUUCCAAUUUGCCAGAAGGGUUGUAAUAUUUUGUGGGUUUUAUGAUUUUCCUGUCUGGCUUUCUAAGACUUUAUUUUAAUUGAUUGGAGAGUAACCUGUCCUCUGAGUAGAUCUUUGAAGAUCCUCCUUUCCCAGGUCACUUCUUAAGCCUUGUAUUAUAAUCAUGUAAAAUAUACUAUGCACAGACAUCAUACAUUUCUAUACAUAUAGAUAUAGAUGGGAUACAGAUAUAGAUAUAGAUAUAGAUAACAGCAGAGAGAACAAAAGAAAAUGACUGAGUGGUGUUAACAUCUCCUUAGUGAUGACUAGCCUGGGAGACAUCCUCUCAGAGAGCUCUGAGGAACUCCUCCAAAGAGGUGAGGAGGAGGGCAGGAUGUAUGUGAUUUUGGAGUAGGGUUACAUGCAAUCAAGCCCACAUCUUGGUAGGUCAGUGUUAGUCACAAGGAACAGAUACCUCUGUGAAUGAUUUUGGUGCUUUUCUAAGUAUGGGAAGAUGCAAGAAUUGGGGUUCAUAAAAGAUUCUCCUGAAAAUAUCUAACUAUCUGAACACCUUUUCUGCCAGUUUCCCCAGAGCACAAGUGCCUCACUGCUGAUCUCGGCCCUGAAUUACUUUCACUGCAGUGGCUCAUGAUUCUAUCUGAGCCUGACCAGGGUGCUUGGCCUUUCCCAGUCAGUAGAAAUUGACUAGAGGCCAGACAAGAAAUUCCAGGCAAGGCUUUAUUGGGGCUGCUGCUGCAGCAGGGGGGAGCAAGAACAAGUAAGAAGUAAGAGAACCUCAUUCCAUGGUUCUCUUACUCUUUGGCUUCCUACGGGGGAGCAAGCCUGUUUCUUAUAUGUGAUGAGAGUAGCGCUGUGUCCAGGGGUGCAGCCUAGGUGUGGUUUAGGGGGUCUGCCCACUCUUUAGGUGGUGUCUGCCCCUAUCCCCUUGGUGGCGUUCUGUGCAGGGGGCAUGCCCAGUACCCUGCUUUUGUUCCCAAUACCCUGACACCCUGUUUUUGGCUCCAGGCUCUUCAGAAGGGGCAGUUUGGUUUUUUGGUCUUUUUGGACCUUUUUGUCCAUAACCUGCCUCAACUGUGCAGGCACAUAGUUAUCUUUAGUCUCUUACGAUUUCUUUGUAUUUUGUUGAUCGAGGAGACGUUUGUCCAGGUACAAGCAUUGCAGCACUGCAAUAAGGGUUCCAGGUCCCAGCCUGUCUCAGCUUCGUCACUCUAAUUUCUGACUUUGCCUUCACAUGGCUCUCUCCUCCAUGUGUGUUUGUGUCUUGUCUUCCUUCUCUUGUAAGGACACUUGUUAUUGGAUUAAAGUCCACUAGAUAAUCCAGGAUGAUUUCAUGUUGGGAUCCUUAAUGUAUUUCCAUCGGCAAGGUGCUUUUUCUAAAUAAGGUCAUAUUUUCAGGUCCCAAGUGGGCAUACCUUUUGAGUGGACACACCAUUCAACCACUAUACCUCCUACCUGUUCUUCCAGGUUUCCUUUUGUCUUCUUACCAACCGUUUUCUGCCAAGCAGCCAGAGUAAUCUUCUUUUUAACAAUGCACAUUAGACCAUGUACCUCCCUUGCUUAAAAGACUCCAGUACUUCCCAUCUCACUUAGAAAUAAUUUUCAACUCCAUCACGACCCUAUAAGAGCCAACACCCUUCUACUUUUCGGAUCACACCUCCUCUCUUGCUUACUGUCCCCAACAUCACUGGUCUUCCUCCUGCCAUCCAUCAUUGCAAGCUCAGGCCUAUUGAAUCAGCUUUUCCCUCUGCCUCCACCCCACCCAUCCUUACACAUGUGACUUCUUUUCCUAUUCAGAAAUGCUCAAGUGUCACAUCCCAUGCUAGACCACCCCAUCUAAAAUCACUUGCCAGUUAUUUUCCACACAUGACCUAGUUUUAUUGUCUUCAUAGCACCUAUGAUUAUUUGAAAUUAGCUACUUUAGUUCACUUUCUUACUGGUUGUUGGAGCUCUCCCCAACAACACUGCAAACCCCAUGAGACAAAGCAGGUACCUUCCCUGUCUCAUUCACUGAUAGAUCCUCCACAGCUAAAACAAUGAGUGCCUGGUAUGUGGUAGGUGUUUAAUAAAUGUGUUCAGUAAAUUCACUUCACUAAACAAAAGUUUUCCAAUAAAGAGAAUUUCAACAAAUUAUAUCCUUUCCCCCAUUGAUGUCCAGUCGAAUACUGAAUAGAAUUGAACACUGAGGGUGGAGAUUUGAGCUGAAAAUACCCAAUGCAGUGGUCCUUUGUGUGUAU